GGUUGGUCUCGGUGGUAGUAAUGCCACUGUCAAGAAUCCUGCACCGCCUUGUAAAGCAGUUUACUUCGGAUCGCGAACCAGAUCGAAGCUAUAGUCAGUGAAUUUCCUGGAGACCCUAACUCUUUGCCGUCGCCGCGAAGGAAAUACUAUUUUCUUGUGUAUUCGUGAUGGUACAAAUGGUGCGGCUGUUGAGUUUCAUUUUGAUCCUCGGAUCCUUGCAAUGUGUCAGGGCUGGGGAGCUCCAGGUCGUUUUUCAGUGGAAAUAUCUGGACUGGAUCUGGCCGAAUGUUCAGUUGGCAGGGAAGAAUUUUACGUUGGGUAACGCGUUCACACAGGAUGUGGAUAUCGAUAGAUACGGUCGUGUAUUCGUCACUAGUCCUCAGUGGUUGGAGGGAGUACCAAUUUCAUUGUCUCUGGUCACUCCUUCUAUGGGAUAUGGGGGCCCAUUGCUUGUACCGUACCCGGACUGGUCCUGGUUCACGCCGUACAGUUGUGACAGCAUUAUCUCUGUGUACAGAUUGGCGAUAGACGAGUGCGAUCGUUUGUGGGUGGUGGAUACUGGUCGCAUCAGCUCAAAUGCUGUUUGUCCGACGAAAAUAUUGAUCUUCAAUCUAGCGACCGACCGGUUGAUCCAUAAAUACGUGGUGCCGGAUGAUCAAACGCUGCACGGGAAGGCAGCAUUUGUUACGCCGAUCGUCGAUGUCGGAAAAACGUGUCUUGAUACUUAUCUAUACGUCGCUGAUGUUGAUCAAAAUGGGCUACUGAUUUAUGACUUGUAUCACGAUUAUUCGUGGCGGGUAAACAACACACCUGGCAAUGCUUUCGGCCCGGAUGACGAUGCCAUGAACAUCACGAUCGCUGGCGAAUGGUUCGAUUUGACCGAUGGCACUCUUGGCAUGUCAUUGUCGCCGAUUGGAUUUUUCGAGGAAAGAUACCUAUACUUCAACUCGUUGGCCAGUUAUCGCGAAAAGUUUACGGACACGUACUCUUUAAAGCAAAGCAAACACGCGGAGCCGAAAGUGUACGAGUCGAAUUACAAGCGGGCAAGCCAGGCGGGCGUUCAAGCAACGUCACGAAGAGGCGUAAUAUUUUUUCAAUUAGUCCAAUUAACGGCGAUCGCCUGUUGGAACAUCGAGAAGCCAUUUACACCGGAGAACGUCGUGAUAAUUGCCCAAGACGAGGAGACGCUGCAGUACGUGAGUGGCAUCAAAGUAAUCGCAAACAGCUACGGUGAGGAAGAAUUGUGGUUCAACACAAACAGGCUACAGAAGACGAUAAAUAAAACCCUGAAACCCAGCGAGACAAACUUCCGUUUAAUCAGAGGGAAGGUUGAUGAUAUUAUCAGAGGGACAAAUUGCGAGCCUUCCGGCCUAAGAUACAAAACGCCGGAUACCACCUUCUGGCACCGGAUAUGAAUCAGAUAAAUUACGUUAUACCAAUCAAAUUUACCUCAACAGUUCCUCCUUCGUAUACUAACGUGAGCGGUAAAAAUACACAUGGCGCCGUAUGGUGAUUCUGCCCUCUGCUCAAGUAGCGAAUAAGAGUAAUUUAUGUCUGCCACGUUAACAUUCGCAUCGUUUCUAAUGAAUUAAUACACGUUUCUAAGCCUUACCAUAAAUGUUGUUUCUCGUUACACGUGAAGUAUCAUGUUAUUCUUCUUAAACGACGGGGUCGAUUAAAUGCAAAUGAAGCUUUUAGCGCAGCGGCAUGUGGUCGGACAGCUUAUCUGGAGUCGCUGGACACCGAUUUUCUGCUUGGGGAUCAUUUGUUUGAUGUCGGUUAUGUGUAUUGUUGUAACAUUAUUUAAUUAU